CCUAAAUCAUUGUUAGUCUGGCAACAAUGACGUACAGCUUCAGCCCGCCGAAUACCUGCAACGUGACCCUCCCGGGGCCGACUUUUCAAAGCCUCUGCAAUGCUUCGGCAAUAUUGGUCUUCAUGUCCUUUCUGGAUGAGUUCACGCGAGUCGAUGAAAAGGUUUCCGGUAUCUGCGAACGGAUCACAUCAAUAGAAGAACCUGCCGACGUGUACGACUACAUUGUAAUUGGCGGUGGGGGUGCAGGAUCUGUGGUAGCAGCCAGAUUGAGCGAGGUGCAAAACGUAACAGUCUUGGUUCUUGAAGCUGGUGACGACGAGUCAGCAGUCGCCCAAAUUCCUAGUCUUACUCUAGAUUUGAUAGGGUCCAAUAUCGAUUGGAAUUAUUACACAUCGAACGAGAGCAAUUGUUGCAUAUCUACAAGUGGCUCCUGCACCUGGUCAGGGGGAAGAUGUCUUGGGGGUAGCACAGCCAUCACGGGAAUGACAUACGCGCGAGGCAAUCCAACCGACUUCGAAAACUGGGUUACAAUGGGUAACGAGGGAUGGUCGUACGAUGACGUGUUGCCGUUUUUCCUGAAGUCGGAAGACAACGGUGAUAUCGAUGUCGUCGGAAGCGAGUACCAUGCGACAGGAGGGCCGCUUGCCGUUGAGAGAUUUCCGUACCAACAUCCUCUUGCUUAUACCAUAUUAGAAGCAGCCAUUGAAUCAGGGUUUGGCGUAAGCAACGACCUGAACGGUGAAAAUAGAAACGGUUUCUCGAUCCCACAAGCAACACAGAAAAAAGGAGUUAGACGGAGUAGCGCAAGAGCGUUUUUAUGGCCGGCUAGAAAUCGCACGAAUCUCCACGUGGCCCUGAACUCCUACGUGACCAAGAUCGUGGUUGAGAAUGAUCAGGCAGUCGGUGUCGAGUAUUACAAGAACGGCGAGCUCAAGACAGUGAAGGUGAACCGCGAAGUGAUCCUGUCUUCAGGAGCGAUCAGAUCACCACAUAUUUUACUUCAUUCCGGCAUUGGCCCGAAGGAACAUCUGACAUCAUUGGGCAUCGAUGUUGUCAAGGACUUGCCUGGCGUGGGAGAGAAUCUUCAUGAUCAGCCAGGCUUCUCUAUCUCAUUCACCGUGAAUGAACCCGACGUCUACUAUAACAACUGGGCUACUGCCACUGAGUAUUUAGCUUUUCAGACAGGUCCCUUGUCCAGUGCAACACCUAUCGAGAUCACCAGCGCAUUGGCGAGUAACCAAACGACGGAUGACUACCCGGACAUCCAGAUCUACCCCACCAUCAGCCCCACGAACUGUGCACCGGGUGAUAUCGACGCUCUGCAGAGCACGGGAAGACAAACAAUUAUUUUUACAACAACAUACACGCAUGUCAAGAGCAGAGGACGAAUCAGCCUAGCUUCGAACGAUCCGUUUCAGGACCCAAUUAUAUGGGCCAAUUACUUAGACGAUAACAGGGACUUGAAUGGUCUUCUUCAAGGCAUAGAAUAUAUCUUGAGAUUGGCGGAUACCGAGGCUUUUGAGGCUCAUAACUUCACCUUGGCCACCACAGCCAUCGAAGCUUGCUCCAAUUUUACUUUCCCUAGCUCUGAGUACUGGGCCUGUGCGGUGCGACAGGAUACUGUGCCUCAGUUUCACCAGGUCGGUAGCUGUAAGAUGGGACCAUCAUCCGACCCGUUAGCAGUGGUCGAUUCCCAGCUACGAGUUCAUGGUGUAACCGGUCUUCGAGUUGCAGAUGCUUCGAUUAUGCCUCAGGUAACCUCGGCCAAUGUUGGGGCGCCAACCAUAAUGAUUGGAGAACGUGCCGCCGAUUUUAUCAAGAAAGAUAUCAAUUCGACGGACUGUACGAAGAACUUGAAGUCCUAGACGUUUGUUUUAUUGGAAAACAGAUUCUUGUUAAUCAUCAAUGA